AUGAGUAAAAUAGCAGACGAAAGUGAAGAGUUGCUUGUUGCAUCUUUUCAAAAGGAUGAGAGUGACGAAUUCGUCGCUGAAUCAAUCGACGAUCAACACGAAGCUGCAUCUUCAGCAAAAUUAUUGACUGCUGAUGGUCUGUAUCCAGUUUCGCCGAUUACCUGUUUGAACAUUGAACAGCAUGCCGAAUCCUAUCGAUCCAACUCAAAAAGAGAAGAUUUGAUAUUGACUUAUGUUGAAAAUUUUCGCCGUCAAUAUCACCAUAUCUAUCCUCACCGAAGCGCACUUCUUCUCAAUCCUCUGAACGAAUGUGGUGUGCCAAAAUUUGUUUGUACAACAAUUCGAUCGACCAUGUUACCAUACUCGGAUUUGACAGAAUGGCAUUUAGCCGCAGAAUUUCUUGCUGACCAUCUUAAUUAUGACUUUCUCAAUCCUUCUUAUCAACUUCCGCCCAUACUUAGUUCACCGACUAAAAUUCUUGUCGAACAACAUGGGAAUUGUUUUGAUUAUGCUAAUCUGCUUUGCUCAUUACUAAUUGGUGCUGGAUAUGAUGCGUAUAUUGUUAGUGGAUAUGCUACGCGUGAAAUUUGUUGUAUGGACACGACUCGUCUACCAAAUCCAUACAGUAGACGAAGAGAAACGGAAGAUGUAGAACCCGUGAAAUGCCAAUGUAAAAAAUAUGCUGUGAAGCCGUUGAAAGAUCUGACAUCGACUUAUGAUGCUUAUAUGCGACAACGGCAUUUAGACGUUAUAAAGAUAGAGAAAAAUCGAAUCGAGAAUGAAGAAAACCGACGAAAAGCAGAAAUCGAACGACCAAUAGAUGAUCCACUGUAUGGUGUUCGAAUACAUGCUUGGACACUAAUUCUACCGGGAAAGUGCGAUAUAACUGACGCAUUUUAUAUUGAACCAACUACAGGUUACGCUAAGUCAACAGAUGAUAGCGAGUAUUUAGGUGUUGAAAGUGUCUGGAAUAAUCAGAACUAUUGGAUCAAUAUGCAAGAUUGUUCUGAUGGUUGCAAAUCUCUUCAAUUCGAUUUGAAUGAUCAAGCUCGAUGGGAAUGUAUGUUUCCUCGUUCAACGUCUAACACUGAUUCAUUCACAAACAACAUCCAUGCAGAUGAUAAUGAUGAAAACUCGUCUCAGCAACGAUCUAUUUUAACUCUAUCCAAUCAAAUGGAUUGGUUCGACAAAAUCAAGUUCUACUCCACUAAUCCAUUGCAUUUGCCUGUAUCCAAUAUCAAUGCAAUUUCAUACUAUGAACACUAUCCCGAUCGUAUCAAAUCCGAGAUCUACAAACAAUUUUAUACAUCAACGAUACCAAAUAUUGCAACGAGGGAUACUAUUCCGAACGAGAUUGACUUGCCAUUGUCAUGGGUUGAUCCACUCGAUAUUACAUCAAAAAAUUUUCAAAAGCGCUAUCCAAAUGCUCGUAAAACAUGCUACUUUAAAAAGACAUGCGUACAGAAAUACGCUCCGUACAGCAUGAAAGAUGGCAUUGUUCUAAAAGUGUUAGAAUUCGACGAUUAUGAUUUCAGCGAUUUGAUCUACAUCAUAUGUCGAUACGAACAUCGUUAUGAUAAACUGGAAAUGAGAGAGUACGAUGUCAAGACAAAUCGAGUCUAUGAAAAGUAUCGACCUGGACGAAAUGACCACUGGAAAGAAUAUAUUUAUAAUUUUGAAUCGUCCUUUGAUCGGACGAUGAUCUUUUAUAAUAAAUCACGCCCAGAUAAUUUGUUCAAACGACAUGAAACACCAAAUGAGUUGACGGAGUAUUUUGUUGAUCACGAACAUUGCCUUGCAUCUCGAAAAAUUAUUUUUGAAACUCAAUCGAACCAAGUCAGUCCAGCUCAUAAAGUCACACGGCGAUCAAUUCUUUCUAUCACGGAACGAUUCAAUCGCAAUCCAUCACUGAAUUCUAACGAUGAUAUUCAAGAACUUCUCUAUGCUGUUAAAGAUAAUAAAUUCAUUCUAACCUAUCAUCGAGAUGCCAAUUGUAUUACUCCUUCAGUAAGAACGUUUAUCAAACCUGCAAAUUGGAAUGAUAAGACAUUCGCAUUCAAAUGGAACGAUGAUUUGCACAAAAUCUAUCAAGCUGAUGCAGAUCUUCCGCCAACAUCACAACGUGAUGUUUUCGCCCAGUUGCUGCAGCUAAUUAAACGGGAGGAAAAUGUGAUAAAACAAGUGCGAAAAUCAGAAGAUGAGAUACGCGAACUUCAAUCCUGUCGGCAACAGGAGGAACUUGCCAGUGAUUUAGAAGUCAGUAUAUAUGACAUCGAUCGAAAUGAAAAAUCCAAACUAUAUAAUGAAUUACUGGAAGAAGGAGUUGAACAAAACAAAGAUGAUGAAAUCGAUUAUCUAGCUCCAUAUUUAGCUGCAAUCGGUAAUCCUAAACGGAUCACCGCACAGAUAGCUGAACAAAUUCGUCAUAAGGUUACUCUUGACUUUGAACAUCAAUUAGUACGAAGGGCUAAUGUUAUUCAAUCACAUUAUGAAGCUGAACUAACAUAUCUCGCCGCGAAAAAUCCAACGAGCAUCGAACAUCAGCAAGGAAAGUUUCGUUUAGCAAUUCUCGAGCAACGUUUAAAAGAUCAUGAACAAUCAUCACAGAGGAAUUACAGUGAACUCGAAAAUAAGCUCGACAAAGAUGCGCGUUUAAAAGAACCCUAUGUUGUUCGAUGA